GACCACCACAACUCGACGAUUUCCAUCGUGCCCACACUACAUAAAUCAAUUUAUAGUCUCGCUAGAAUUGAGCCCAGCUCCGAGCGAAUGCACAUCACUGAGUACAAUGCCCGUCACACGGAAUGCAACCAAGAAACGUAAAUCGGAACCCUCCUCAAGUCAAAACUCCAAGAAGUUCCAGAAGCGCAGCAAGGUGAAACCUGCUGAAGACGUACAUGAUGAACAAGUAGCUGUAUUAGCGGAUGGUGCCCACGAGAUUUCAAAACUAGCUGAUGCACAGACCCCUAUACCGCCGGUACCGGUGGCGGCCACGGCAGCGCUUCCUUUGAUUCCCUUGACAUCUUCAUCACCUCCUUCCAUGGUACCCAAAACAAAGCCUUUGAAAGGUCGUAAGAGAUUCAAUGCUGAUCUUUGCGAGCUGCACACAACCUGCCCCUCUGACCUUGAUAGGGGAAUGUGGUCUGCACAAAGUUUUAGAGGAGGUGACGAUGAAGGGUCAGUAGAGUUUGAUCUAGUAGAUUCUAGAGAUCAGACAAGGAUAGUGGUGCAUCUACUGUGUUCCGACACUUCCGAGUACCCCAACACUCACUCAUUCUUCUGUCACUCUCCGGAACCUGGGAGUUAUGGAGAGCAGGUCAAGGAAAUUUGUGACGGGGUACUGAACCACAAUUCCAGUACGAUACACGAAGUAGCGAAGCAUUUCUUGCUUAAUAUUUCUGGUGACGAUGACGGCGACGAUAUACAUGACGAUAUCAGCAUAGAUGAGAGCUUUAGUGCGUUUGUUAGACCAGAAAUAUCUCGCUCAGCCCUGCGCAGGGACUUCGAAGGCGCACAUGCCGCCGGUUAUACCCCAGGAGCCAUUUGGAGCGGUGGCAGCGAGUUCUACUUGACGAUAUCUGUGCCUGUGGUGGAGUUGACUGAUAAAAUUCCCGCUCACGUUCUAAUGUCUUGGGAUAGCCAAUUCCUACUUCCUCGCCAAAAUCUCGUACUAGGUUAUCUCUGGAUUCUGGGCGAUGGGACACUCACCUCUGCUGCGGUCCAUUCUUGCACCUCGUUGAAGUUUUACGUUGGCCUUUCUCGACAGUACAAACCGUCAAGGGAACAUGUCACUACUUCUCUCCGCCAAUACGGCCUCCAGUUGGACCAGCAGGAUAGGUACGUCAUCGACGUUGACAAGGAACCCGAAACGGGAUCCGCCCAGGAUGACGGCACCUUUGACAAGCUCAGCUUGAGUAGCUCGCUUGAAUCAUUACUUGACGAGCACUUCCUUCAAGUCCUCCGGGAACUUCGUCAAGCUGAGGAGGAGGAGCAACGUCUAGCUGGCUCUCGCUACUUGCCGCAUGAUCCCUUGGAAAAACAAGAUGAUCACAUCAACUUGCUCGAGACUUCAUUUGCGUACCUUCUACGUCGACUCGCGCUAUGCAGUCGUUAUUGUGUCGUCUGUCACAAGAAACUCGAUACCGGCUUCGAGGCACUAAAACCUUAUGUUUGCAAUUCUGAUUUGUGUGCGUACCAGUAUUAUAGCCUCAACUUUGGGCCCUCUCUAGAGUAUGAUAUCUGCAAGAAUACUGAGAUGGUAGACCUACUGGUCUCUCUCGCUUAUGUUGCUGCUGCAGAAAAAAAUCUUGAUGAUCCUCUUCCGCGUGGCUUAGCAUUGAAGGUUCCCGACCCCGUCCCUGGAAAGCCUAUGCGUGACUUCGACACCUUGAAUAUCGGCGAAAUGCGCAAGACAAUCACACAACUCAUCGACACACUGCCGCCGAUUCCGGACAUCAAGAAAUACCUUGAGAAGAAAGUUACUGUAGGAACCAAGCAAGCCGAAGUUGAAAGACAUGGACCCCUAAUAUCUUGCCUGCCGCAUGGUCCAUCUUGCGCUGGUACGUUGCAUGCGUGUGAGUCAUUGAUACAAAUUAUUCAAUUCAUCCCCACUAGGUGUGUUGCCUCCUGCACAGCACAUCUGCAAGAGUUAACUGAAGAGGAGGAUCAAGUGCAGAACAUAGGCCCCCAGUGGCGACAGUUCCGCUUCAUGGUCGGCGCCCCUGAUAAAGAGGCGAAGUUUAAACAUGCCUUGGAGCAAGAAACACAUGGGGAUUCCAAUGCAAAGAAGUACCCCACUCUCUUUGCUUUCCACGGGUCCCCUCUCCAGAACUGGCAUUCGAUCAUACGCCACGGACUGUGGUAUAAGACAAUUGCACACGGCCGGGCAUAUGGAGAUGGUGUCUACUUCGCCAAGGACGGCUCGACUUCGAUGGGCGGCUAUUCCCCGGGCAGCUCACAACAUUGGAAUAAUAGUGCGAUCAUCCCUUCGGCCUGCGUCGCUCUCGCCGAGAUUAUUAAUCUCCCGACAAAGUUUACCUCACACGACCCGUAUUACGUGGUCAAGCAAACUGACUGGAUUAUGUGUCGAUACUUGCUAGUCAACACCUUCGAAACCAAGGACCACUUCUCUAAUCAAUAUGGAUUUCAUACCAUCUCCUCCCCCAUCGCGUCCACAAAGCGAAAGGUUCCAAAUGUUCCUUUUAUAAAACACGAUCCAAGUCGGCGUCCCUUCCUCUCAGGUACCCAGGUCGAGAUCCCACAGCCUUCUUACAAACUCGAGAAACUUCUCGUACUGUGCCAGAAUGCAUACGUCCCACCUGACCUCGACGAGGACGACAUAGCUGUGUUUAACGCACCCGAUGAACUAGAGGUAGCGAAGUCGCAGACCACCGCACCGCCCGCCAAUGGAAAGAAGCCACAGCAGGAUUGGGUACACGACGCGAAAUGGGUGGAGAAGAACAUGGAUCUUCUGUUACCUCCGCCUUCGGAUUCGACCCCGGUAGCGACGAUGGCAUUGCAGAAAGAAUUCAGAGCAGUGAUGAAAGAACAGGCGGGCGCGGACGCACUUGCUACCUUGGGAUGGUACAUGCCACCAGAGUUCAACGGAGAGAACUUGUUCCAGUGGGUCGUGGAGAUGUAUUCGUUUGAUCCUGCUCUGCCUAUUGCGAAGGAUAUGAAGUCAAAGGGUGUGAAUUCUCUUGUGUUCGAGAUACGCUUCCCACCCAUGUUCCCUCAUUCUCCUCCGUUCUUUAGACUGGUGAUGCCUCGGUUUCUUCCUUUCAUGCAGUGCAUCGCAUCCGUGCUCCUACAAAUCAGGCUCGCCAUCUCGAGCACCGACCCCAAACCUGCGCGACUAGCCCACAAUUGGGAUCAGUAUGUUUUCUCGUCUGAUAGACAGGGGCAUCCGAGUUCUGACUUUUUAAAGACCGUAUUAUCCAGAGGAAGCGUUGCAGGGAUAUACAAGAGCGGCUGCUAUUCACGGUUGGAAGGUCACAAAUCCGGGGGAAAUGGAAAGACUUGUCCGGGGUUGAGUGAAGUGAGCGCACAUCUCGUGGUGACCUGGGGUCCCUUUCAAAGAUUUUGGUGGAUUUGAAUCUUGAAUGUUGCUUCGCCCUGUUUUUGUCUGAGGAAUGGAAGUACGCAUAUUCCCUGACUCGGUUCAGCUGUGUUCGCCACGAAUAUUGUCAACCCUCACCAACUGUCGUCUUUUGGUCGUCUUAUCCUCAAUCGGAUCAACGAAGGUACUCCACUGUGUAUGGAAUG